AUUUUAAAUCAUCAUAAUAGAUAUUCAAUAUUUCUAUUAAAAAAAUAAAAACUAACAGAGAUAGUUGUUAAAACCAUGCAAAAUUAUUUCCCCCCCAAAUCCAUCUAUCUGUCAACUCUUUAACAUACAUGCCCUCGCCAGGGCGAAGGGGCAAUAUGCUUGCUUUUGUGUGCCUUCAGCUGAGCUUCCACGUCUUGCAACACAAUGGUGGUUGCCGGAGCGGCGCCAGAAGCCAUUGCCGGCAUACGUUUUCUGCCCCUCCUGGGGGGAUUAGCAGCUAUCAAUUUCUCAUUUCUGUCAACGUCGAACAUGGGAUUCUGUCCCCUGUGGCCAAGUACCAAUGCAACUGCCAGAAAGCUGGUGGUUUGGGGUUCAAAGGCGUCUCCUUUGGUCUCAAAGCCCCCAACUUUGAGGUUCCUUACUUCAGUUUUCUGGAAAAGGAUGAAUAAAUGUAACUGUAAAAGCCCUUUUAGUUUCACAUAUCUGUCAAUUGUUUUAAAUUAAUGCUGCUCAUUUAUGUAUGAAAGGUUGUUAGAAAAAGCAAGUUUGUUAUAAUUUCCCAUGCUUUAAUAUCAUUAGCAUUGCAACAGUUUCACCCAUGUCCAUUGCAUAAUUUGCAUAUCCCAUUUGUGAAUACAAGCUGGUAAUUAAU